AUGGUUAUCCCCAGUGGCCAACAAAUCCCCAACAUGGCGUUCAACUUCCACGGCUGGGCCGUUGCAAUCCCUGAAGAGGUGGAUGGCUACGAGGUCAUCAAACUGAUGACUAGAGCCCCCUCAACUCUGCCCCUGACCAUGGCGAUAUCUAACCGAAAUCUUCAGACUAUGCAAGACCUGCAGCUCACCGACCAAGAGCAGCAAUCUCGGAGCGACCCGACGAAAGGGAUUGAUGAAGUCCUGCUCGUCGGCUUUACCGUCGCCGACCUCCCCGACGCCGCCAAGAAAGAAUACGCGAGGGAAUAUUGCGGUGACAUUGCUGUUGGUACCGUUGUCACGCCAGACCGUACCAUAACCGUCAACCACGACAACAGGCUGAUCUUAGUCGUCACACCUUUCGGCGGUUUGGACGGCGAGAUGAAGUUCUAUGGUCUUGUUUACCAACAGAAUGAGGCUGGGCUAUAUACUCCGUACAUCGUAGACCAGGACAGCUGCCUCUACUUGCCCAUCUUCCGGGGAGGGAUAGAGUCUGCUUCCGCCCGUAAAGGUCCAAAGGAGUGGAAUCAAAACACUCGAGAUAUUGUCGGAGGGCGAGGGCAAUUGGAAGUGUCUCAUGCUGUCGCAGUUAGUGCCAGUGACAGCGACAGAGCGGGGCAAGCAUCUCCCAAGGUCACGUCUGGUGCCACAGAUGACGACGAAAGAGAAGUUUCUCCGGACCCUUUUUGUGUCAACACUCCCAGCCUGAGGCGUUCGAGCAGCCCAAAUAAUCUCGAGCGUUUGCACACCCAAACCCAAGCCCAAUCUUUGACUGCAAAAUUCAUACCACUACUUCACGACGUCAUCAGGGUUGAGAAGACACUGAAAGAAGUUAUCACUGCAGCAGACAAAGCGUUAACGUCGUCACUGGCAGAGAUUUCUUCUGGAAGUGGAGAAGUUCAUCAUCCCCAUUCCGACAAGGAGAUUCGCGAGCGAAGUGCUUCUGCCCUGCUCGCGGGCGGGUUCGACAAGAUGUACAGGGAUCUUGUCCAGAUGACUAAAGUCAAGCGGCUCCACGACGAUCAACGGGUCGUCAACACCAUUCGCCAGAUUGUUGAUACCACACUGACGCCCUUGGUGUCAAGACUGCGGGAGAUGGAGAGACUGAUGGCGCCUGAGGAGGGUAUUGGGUCUGCGAAUGGCACAUCUGAGCACGACGGCCGAGAUGAUGGCCUCGACGAAGAUAUCAACGAAGGCAACGAAGACUUGAAAAAUGAUGCAUUUGCCAACAACACGGACCCCGACGGCACCCCGGAAGGCAAUCAAACCGAUAAAUGGAAGAAGGCGAGCCGAUGGAGGACUUACAAGAAAUGGAUGGCAGAGAAAAGAGAGGAUCCAGAAUUUGAAGAAAAUAAAGAUACCGAAGACGGGAAAGAAAAUGAAGACAGCCAAGAGACGAAUGGCCAUGAGAAGGAUGACUAA